AUGGCAGAAGAUAUCUUGAAUGUGGAUCCUGAUGUUUAUGUCACCACCACCUAUGGCGAUGAUUGGCAGUCAGAAACCACCUCCAUCAACUCUUCUAUCUAUCGGGGCUUCAUAGAAAAUGGUCGUCGUAUCCCCUCGGAUGAGCUGUCUUUCGAGUCGUAUGAAGCUGGACACGUGGUUGCCCUGGUAUUGGAAUCAGAAAACGAAAAUCCACUUUUCCUAGCACCUAUUCAGUACAAGAAUGCGCAGAUCCUCGACAUUGGAACGGGUCAAGGUAAUUGGGCAAUCGAUGUGGCCGACUUCUUACCCCAAGCAACCGUCCACGGUGUAGACCUCUUUCCACCCCCAGUGACCUGGGUCCCCCCGAAUUGCAUCCUAGAGGUCGAUAAUGUCCUCGAGGAGUGGACCUGGAAUGUUCCCCUUGACCUAAUUCACAUGCGAGGCAUGAGCGGGUCCUUUGAACCACCUGAGUGGGACCGUGUCUACCAACAAUGUUACGACAAUUUAAAACCUGGCGGCUGGAUCGAACAACUCGAAAUAAGCCCCUACGUGUUUUGCGAUGAUGGCAGCCUCCCAGAUGACAGCAUCCUACACACCUGGGGUCCAACAUUCUUCGAUUGCACCGUACGCGCUGGGCGUCCCAUUUGCACAAUUGAUACGAUGGACAGUAGCAUGCGUAAGUUCGGCUUCGUGGACAUCCAUGAGAAAGAGUAUAAGUGGCCCAUUGGCCCCUGGCCUCGUGAUCAGAAGUAUAAGGAAGCCGGGACUGCUCACUACCAGCAUUGGCUUUCUGGUAUGGAGGGCUGGUGUAUGUGGCUGCUUACCAAGUUUGGUGCGCCAGAUCCUUGGUCUAAGGAUGAGGUCACCGUUUAUGUGGCGAAGUUAAGGGCUGAGAUUAAGAAUCCUCAUUACCAUAUUUAUCAGCGGGCACGACGUGUUUGGGCACGUAAACCUCUCCCCGACGAGCUUGCUAGGCAAGAGAAUGUUAAAGAGGAAACGCCUCUUGAAAUCGAUCCAAUUUAUAUCAAGCAAGAGUCUCGAGAAUAA